UUCGGCGGAAGUACCGGGAAAGUGGGAGGGAAAACAAGUUUCGACAACUCUAGAUUGCGAAUAACACCGGUAUAGCAUGAUGAAAACAAACUUCUGUUAGGUAAAUACUUUUAUGAUCGGAAAAUAACUUUUAAAAUAGUUUAUUGUGCGGGACACACAGUCUUACUUUCGAGUUUACAAUGGGACUCCCAACUCUGGAGUUUAGCGAUUCUUUUCUGGAUAGCCCUGAUUUCAGAGAACGGCUAAAAUAUCAUGAAAUAGAGUUGGACCGAACAAACAAAUUCAUCAAAGAACUGAUCAAAGACGGGAAUAUGUUGAUAACGGCGCUAAAGAAUCUGUCUACUGCGGUCCAGAAGUUCUCUCAGUCCCUCCAGGAGUUCCAGUUUGAGUGUAUAGGAGACGCAGAGACAGACGACGAGGUCAAUAUUGCCCAGUCGUUCAAGGAGUUCUCCCAGCUACUGAACACAGUGGAAGAGGAGAGGAGACGCUUGAUCCAGAAUGCAGAUGAUGUGCUAAUUGCACCUUUAGAGAAGUUCAGGAAGGAACAGAUUGGAGCUGCAAAGGAAGGGAAGAAGAAGUUUGACAAGGAGACAGAGAAAUACUACACCGUUCUAGAGAAGCAUCUGGCCUUGUCUUCCAGGAAGAAAGAGCCGUUCUUACAAGAGGCAGACACACAGAUUGACAGGGAGAGGCAGGUGUUCUAUGAUGCUUCCCUGGAGUAUGUCUUCAAGAUUCAGGAGGUCCAAGAGAAGAAGAAGUUUGAGUUUGUGGAACCGCUGCUGGCCUUCCUGCAGGGUCUGUUCACGUUCUACCACGAAGGAUAUGAGCUCGCUCACGAGUUUGAGCCUUACAAACAGCAGCUCCAGUUCAACCUGCAGAACACGAGGAACAACUUUGUGAGUACGAAGCAGGAGGUAGAGAAACUGAUGAAGAGAAUCAGAUCAGCUGAUCAGGACUACAAACCUCCAGGGCAGUGGACCAUGGAGGGUUUCCUCUACGUCCAGGAGAAACGGCCGCUGGGAUGCACGUGGACGCGACACUACUGUACGUAUGAGAAGAGCAGCAAAGCCUUCACCAUGACCACCUUUGAAACCAAAUCAGCUGGCAAACAGAAUGGUCUGGUGGUGAGUCCAUCUGAGAUGUUCAAGCUGAAGUCCUGUAUCCGAAGGAAGACUGACUCCAUCGACAAGCGUUUCUGCUUUGACAUCGAAGUGGUGGAGAGAACUGACAUCUGUCAAGGAACUCUUUUCCGACCUCUUCAGUUAAAGUUCUGUAAAGGCCGGCAUGGCAUCGUGACUCUCCAGGCUCUGUCUGAGUCCAACAGAAGGCUGUGGCUGGAGGCUAUGGAUGGCAAGGAGCCGAUUUACAAUCUUCCAGCCAUUCUGAGCAAGAAAGAAGAGACGUACCUAAACGAGGCAGGGUUUAAUUUUGUGAGGAAAUGUAUUGACUUGGUGGAGGUGCGAGGGAUCAACACGUUGGGCCUCUACAGAAUAGGAGGGGUCAACUCGAAGGUCCAGAAGUUGAUGACCACUGUGUUUGCAACCAAGGCUCCAGUUGAUAUGAACCUGGACCCAGACACCUGGGACAACAAGACCAUCACCAGCGGCCUGAAGAAUUACCUCAGGUGUCUCUCUGAGCCUCUGCUGACCUUUAAGCUCCACAAAGACUUCAUCAUGGCUGUCAAGUGUGAAGACCAGAACUACAGGGUUAGGGCCGUCCAUGCCUUGGUCCACAAGCUGCCUGAAAGGAACAAGGAGAUGAUGGAGCUACUGAUCAAACACCUCGUCACAGUGUCCACCCACAGCCAGUUCAACCUGAUGACGGUGUCCAACCUGGGCGUGAUCUUCGGGCCCACGUUGAUGAGGUCACAGGAGGAGACGGUGGCUGCCAUGAUGAACAUUAAGUUCCAGAACAUCGUGGUGGAGAUUCUCAUCGAGAACUUUGACAAGAUCUUCCACCAGCCUCCAGACCCCAACGUACCUCUGCCCCAGCCCCAAUCCCGACCAAGCUCACGCAGGAGCAGGGCCAUCUGCCUGUCCACAGGCCCUAGGAAGCCUCGUAGCAUCUACACCCCAACACUGUGCCUUGCAGACGCUGACAGUGACACGUUCAGCAGCAGUCCAGGCAGCACCCCCUUGGGAAGCAUGGAGUCCCUCUCCUCCCACUCCUCUGAGCAGAACAGCUCCUCCAAGACCACUGGCACUUCCUCCCACCACCAGCCCAAAGACAAGGCUUCCCAUCCCCCUGGCCUGUGGCUGGGGAUGGGGCAGGGGACGAGCCAGUGGCUGGGAAUGGGUCAGGGUACCAGCCUGAAGCAGGGGAUGGGUCAGGGGACCAGCCUGGGGCAGGAGAUGGGUCAGGGGACCAGUAUGGGGCAGGAGAUGGGUCAGGGCCCAACCCUGGGUCUCCGUCGCUCCCCCUCACAGCUCUCUUCCAAUGGGCCAGGGAAGGGAAGCAUCCCAUCCUGCCUCAGUAGCCCAGAGUCUAGCUCCAGGGAAGACGUGGAGACAGGGAGGACAGACUGGGAGUCGGAGGGAGAUGCUCUGAGUCUGUCCUCAACCAGCACCACAGCUACACCCAGGGGGUCCAUCGGCCCGAAGAAAGCCCCCCACUCCCAGACGGAUCUCCGGCCGGUGCCCGUGACUCAACUGACCCAGCUAAACCGCUCAGCCACUCCCUCUCUGAGGUCACUGUAUAUAUCUGAAGGCCGAAGGAGUCUGGCAGGUUCAGUCCAGAGUCUAUCUGCCGUGACGCUGGAACAGAAAGACCAACAGAAGGAUCGGAAGGAGAGUGUAGAGUCUACAGACCCCCCAGACCGCCCUCCUAAACUAGUCACCCGUCGGAGAUUGGACAGACCGGACAAGAUGGAGUCCUCCAGCAACGGAUACCAGAGACCAGGAUCAGUGGUUGCUGCAAGAGCCAUGCUGUUCGAAAACUGCCCUUCAGCGGCGCAGACCACACCUGUUGGAAGAGACGCCAAGGCCAUGUACUCCUGUGAGGCAGAACACAGCCAUGAGCUCAGCUUCCCACAGGGGGCUCUCUUCUCAAACGUGUAUCCAUCUAUUGAACCUGGCUGGAUCCAAGCAACGUUCCAGGGAAAGACUGGCCUGAUCCCUGAGAACUAUGUGGUUUAUCUCUAACAACAAACUGACUGCUCCAAGACCUAAACAUCCCAAACAAACCUUGAUCAUGUCAUGGUAUCCAUGGUAACAAUAAUCUGUAACGUGAUUGAUGUGAUUGUUGUGAAGGCCAAGUUUCCCCAUUGAUCAGAAAUGUAGAUAUGGGAAAGUUGAGUAUUGUUCAUAUGCAGUAGAAGGAGCAGAUGUGUGUUUUUAAUCACCUGAAUGAUAUACCUACCUACCUACCUACCUACCUACCUUUCUACCUACCUUUCUACCUACCUACCUACCUUUCUACCUACCUACCUACCUUUCUACCUAUCUACCUACCUUUCUACCUACCUUUCUACCUACCUACCUACCUUUCUACCUACCUACCUUUCUACCUACCUACCUACCUUUCUACCUACCUACCUACCUUUCUACCUACCUACC